CUGCUCGUGUUUUCGCUCGUGGAGUCGGCGGUGGCACAUGCGCUCGGUCCGUGCGUGAGGAUGGACCCUCGGAUCUGCGCGCUGCACGUCCUGACGCUCUGCUGCCUCGUGCACGUGUCUCUGCAGGGCCUGCACCAGCGCAGACUCUACACGGACCUGAUGAAGAACUAUAAUCCUCUGGAGCGCCCCGUGUACAACGACUCCCACAGCCUCACGGUGCACUUCAGCUUCAGCCUCCUGCAGAUCAUGGACGUGGAUGAGAAGAACCAGGUGCUGACCACCAACAUUUGGCUGCAGCUGUACUGGACCGACUUCUACCUUCAGUGGAAUGUGUCUGAAUAUCCCGGAGUCACAAAUGUGCGUUUCCCUGACAACCAGAUCUGGAGACCUGACAUCCUGCUUUACAACAGUGCGGAUGAGAGGUUUGAUGCUUCGUUCCACACAAAUAUUUUGGUGAACUCCUCAGGAUACUGUCAGUACCUGCCUCCUGGCAUCUUCAAAAGCACCUGUUACAUAGACGUGCGCUGGUUCCCUUUCGAUGUGCAGAGGUGUGAUCUGAAGUUCGGCUCAUGGACGUAUGGAGGCUGGUCUCUGGAUCUGCAGAUGAUCCCUGCAGACACCAGCGGAUACAUCGCCAACGGAGAGUGGGACCUCGUGGAGGUCCCUGGCCGCAGGAGUGAGCGUUUCUAUGACUGCUGUAAAGAGCCGUAUCCUGACGUGACCUUCACGGUGGUGAUGAGGAGGAGGACUCUGUACUAUGGUCUGAACCUGCUCAUCCCCUGUGUGCUCAUCUCCACUCUGGCUCUGCUCGUCUUCCUGCUGCCUGCAGAUUCUGGAGAGAAGAUCUCACUGGGGAUCACGGUGCUGUUGUCUCUCACUGUCUUCAUGCUGCUCGUCGCUGAGAUUAUGCCUGCAACAUCUGACUCUGUGCCCCUCAUAGCUCAGUACUUUGCCACCACCAUGGUGAUCGUGGGUCUGUCCGUCAUUGCCACAGUGCUGGUUCUGCAGUACCACCACCACGACCCGGACGGAGGGCACAUGCCACAGUGGACUCGUGUGGUGCUGUUGAACUGGUGUGCCUGGUUCUUGAGGAUGCGGCGUCCAGGGGAGAGCAGGGUCAGACUGGGCUGUCCCCAGUCCAAACCCCCCCGAGGAAGUCUGUCCAGCCUGGAGCUGAGCGUGAGCCAGGCCUCCCUGAGGCACCCUGCUAUGCCCAAUGGAAACCUGUUGUACGUUGGUUUUCGUGGUGUCGAGGGCGUUCACUACAGCUCCGGCCCCGACCCCGAGCUCCUGUGCUCUCGCAUGGUGUCCCCCGAAGAGGACGUCCUGAGGGGCAGUGGGCGGAACUUGGCUAUGGGCGGGACCCUGGUGGAGGCGGAGCUUAUGCAGAUUUUGGAGGAGGUGAGGUACAUCGCCCGGCGCUUCAGGUCCCAGGAUGAAGAGGAGACUGUGGAGAACGAGUGGAAGUUUGCAGCAGCGGUGAUCGAUCGACUCUGUUUAGUGGCAUUUUCACUUUUCACCAUUCUCUGCACCAUCGGGAUCCUCAUGUCUGCUCCCAACUUUGUAGAGGCUAUCUCUAAAGACUUUUUCAGCUGAAAGUCAAACAUUUUAAUCAUAUUUUUUUUCUUAAAGUGACUGGGACAUUUAUUUAGUUUCACACCCAAAUUAAAAUAGCAUUUGGGUCAUUAUUCAUCUUCUGCACUAUUAGGAUUACAACAUCUGCACCAAAGUUCCUAGAUGCCAUCGCCACAGACUUCUUUAGCUGAAACAAUCAAAAAUAUCUCACAUAUUAUGCUACAUAUAUUCUGCAUUCUUGUACCUUUACAGUAAUUCACAUUUUUUCAC